UUUUUAAGUGCCAACACAACAACAAACUCCAACCUUCGAAGUUGACGUUUGUCCGCGUAGCAAGUGAAAGUGUCACGUCGGUAAAUCUGCUGUCAGAAACAUUUUUGAACAGACAUAAAAAAUCUUUUGGCAGCUAUUUGAUAUAGGUUAUUACCGGGAAAAUGGGUGUCAAACCUGCAAUUGGAAGGAAAUCUAACAAGAACCCACCAAUUUUUAGCCACGACUUUGUAAUUCAAAACCAUGCCGACAUAGUUUCAUGCGUUGUUAUGUUAUUCCUGGUUGGACUGAUGGUACAGUCGACAAGCCCCAUAGCGAGUUUAUUCAUCAGUUUGCAUCACAAUGUCAGUGGAGUUGAACCAACAAGAGAUGCGCCCAGAGGAGAGCCCUUCACUUACGAAGCGGGCUGGAAGGACGCUUGUGCGGUGUUCUUUUACUCCCUCGUUUGUAUUGUGAUGCAUGCAAUUCUACAAGAGUAUUUCUUAGAUAAAAUAUCGAAGAAGUUCCAUCUGUCUAAGUCAAGACUUAGUGCGCUGAAUGAAUCUGGCCAAUUGGUGGUGUUCCAUCUUGUCAGCCUGGUUUGGGGGGGUGAUGCCAUACUUCGUGAAGGAUUCAUCUUCAACAUAUCACAACUUUGGGACCGUUAUCCAGACCACCCAAUGAGUUUCCUAUUGAAGUUGUGGUGGGUCGUUCAAGCCUCAUAUUGGCUCCACACUGUCCCAGAAUUGUACUUCCAACGCAUUAAGAAGGAUGAGUGGGCUGGAAGAAUAAGACAUGCUGCUGGUGCAUUUGGUUUUGUAGCAUUGGCUUAUGGAUUCAAGUUCCAACGCGUGGGUGUCUGUUUGAUUGUUUUGCACGCCCUGGCUGAGUUUGUGGCACAUUUCUACCGGCUCAACACCAUCCUUAGGGGAGAGAGAGAAGACAUUUUGGACAAAUUCCUGAGCGUGGUGAACGGGUGUGUGUUCGUGUCUGUGCGGCUGUGUUCGUUGGUGCUGGGCGUGCUGACGUUCUACUUCGGGAUGGCCGGGCCCGCGCCACUGCUGCUGCGUCUGACUGCGCUCGGCGUUCUUGUCACCUUCCAGGUGUACCUUAUGUACAACUUUAUCUCUGAAGCAAUCAAACAGAGACAAGAGUCUCGAGCAGUUGCACAAGCUAAACCCAAGAAGGAGAAGAAGGAAAAACCUAAAAAAGAAAAAGUGAGGAAGCCCCCCGUGGACGAGUCGGAUCUGCCCGAGGUGGACCAGAACACGAACAAGACGCUGCGACAGCGGCAGCCCGCCGCCGCCAAAGCGAAGUGAGGUCCUCCCGACCUCUCCCACACUAUCUCUCUAUUCUCUAUCAGUUCGGUUGUUUUCAUCUUUCGAGUCUUUCCACUACACUUUGUUUUCUUCCUUCAGUCUUCUUUACUACUCAUAGUCGAUACUGAAGCACAAAUAGCAUCGACAGCAUUUAUUUAAUUUUUCAAGUAACACGAUUUUCUGUUAAAACUCCCAAGAUUGUGAUGAAAAUUUAGAACCUACAUUUCAGACUGUAAUGCGUACUAUUGUCAUUAAAAGUAUAGUGGAUACAGGGUUGUAAAAAUAUCUCCUAAUGUGUAAAAAAUAAAAAGUAUAGGUUAAAAUGUUGUUUAUAUGAAUAUAUUGAAUAAGAAAUAUGAAGUACUGUGUGUUCAUACACAUUAAAAGAUGAAAUUCCAUUUUCUGUUUGCAUUUUAACUUUUUAUAUUUGUCUGGUUUACUCAGACCGAAUUCCAAUACAAAUAACUUUAAAUUAUUAAUAUUUUAUUUUUUUAGGGUUGAUAUUGUGAAAAGAAGUAUAUUUUUAAUCCACGGAUUAUUUCUUUGACAUAACUUUGGUGCUCAUGAUUUUUAACAAGUUAGGUUUGAUUUUUUAUAUGCGACAAAAAUAAUGAUGCAUUUGUAUUAUAAAGGCAAAAUUUAGUUAUUUAUGCUUUCAUCAGUUAGUUUCAAGAUAUUUUCGUGUCUUCGUCGUUGAUUGGUUUUAAACUUGUAUGCGAGACGAAAUUCUUCCUGACGUAAGUAUGUGCUCAUAAAUUAUUAUAUAAUUUUCAUGAGGAUUGUCAAUUUUAAAAGCUUGAUGUUAUUUUUAUUUCAAAAUAAAUUUUGUAAUAAAUUCAA